GCCCUAGAUUGCUUGGGGAUCUGAUCAUAUCUAGUGCACUACAUGUGCACAUGUCAGCGGUUUGGGAUGUGGACAGGGACACGCUGAGGAAGCGGAGAUAUUAAAGCUGUUUAUAUCGUUAAUCAUGUUGAAGUGGGCGUGGUCAGGAUGGAGUCUGCUGCGUUACCUGAGUGGGAGAUGAUCCUGUACUGGUUCCUGUCCUUCACCUCUCAUCUCUACUCCUUCUACCAGCUUCACCUGUUCUCUAAAGAACAUGAGGAGAGCUUGGACAGAGAGGUGCAGUUGGAGAAGGGCUUCUUCAUCUGGGGCAGUAAAAAGGAUGCCACUGAUUUUGAGUGGAGUUUCUGGAAUGAGUGGGCGUGGCGUUCUCUCCUCUGGUCUCUGAUUGGUCAUGCUGUGUUGUCCCAGCUCUCCAGUGUGUGUGUGCCUCAGUUGAGAAAGGCCGCCCUGACAGUGUACGGUGUCCUCUGUGCCUGGUGGCUCCUUGGCUUGAGAGGCGUGGCCGUUCUAAUGCUUCACCUGAGCAUUUCAUUGGCUGUUGCUCAGUUGCAGAACCCUGCCGUUUCCUGGAUCUGCUCUUUGUUGCUGCUCUCUAUGCUACACAUCAGCAGCGUGCAAGACAUACAGCGAGGCUGGUAUGACUCAGAUGAGCAGUAUUAUCUCCUGAUGUUCAGCAUCGCAAUGUGUGUGUUACGGUGUGUCAGCUUCAGCCUGGAGUUGUGCUGGAGCCCCCUGCAGGACGGAGGAACUAAUCGAUGUUUCUCUUUUCUGAACUUCAGAAAAUGUCUAACACAACUCUACAAUCUUGUCUCUUACUGUUUCUACCAUCCACUGUUCUACAACGGACCCAUCAUUAACUACAACCACUUCAGCCAACAGAUGGAGAGGGCGGUGUGUAAGGUGUCACCAGCAUUGCUGUUAGGCCGAACUUUGCGUGUUUGUGUGUGGUGGUGUGUAGCUGAGCUUAUGAUACACCUAAUGUACAUGCACAGCAUCCAGAACAACGAGACCUACCUCACCAUGCUCCCAUCCUGGGCUCUGGGAGGCCUGGCUCUGGCUCUUGUACAGUUUUUCUAUGUGAAGUAUCUGGUGUUGUUUGGUGUUGCGUCUCUGCUGAUGAAGUUGGAUGGUAUUGAGCCUCCUCCACUACCCCGCUGUGUGAGCACCAUGUACAGCUUCAGAGGGAUGUGGAGGCACUUUGAUGUGGGACUUUACAGAUGGCUCAUCAGGUAUGUGUACUUUCCUUUAGGUGGGUCUCAGCAUGGGCUUUUACAGAAGCUUAUCUCCAUGGCGAUGACGUUCAGCUUUGUGUGUUUGUGGCACGGUUGCCAUGACUACCUGCAGUGCUGGGCCCUGCUCAACUGGGUGUGUGUGUUCACAGAGAACAGUAUCACACUCUUCCUCUGCUGGCCUCCUCUUCAUCACACCAUUGUAUGUUAUGUGUCUCCGCCCAUGAGGAGGCGUGGCCUUGCGCUUAUCUCUGCCUUUUCCACAGCUAUGCUAAUUCUGUCCAAUCUGGUGUUUUUGGGAGGAAUUCACAUUGGGCGUGUGUAUUGGGAGAGGGUGUACAUGCAAGGCUGGUCCUCCAUGGCAGUUCCUGUGCUUGGGUGUCUGUACUGUUUUGCGCAGGUUGGACUGGAGAUGGAUCGUAAGAAGACGUGAACUGUGUGUGAAUUUUAGCUCGUUAUGAUUGAGUAACAGGUGCAGUGAGACAGGUGGGGUGUGGAUGAGGGGGGUGUCUUGUCAUCGGUCUGGAGUUAUGAGGUCUCAGGUGAUGUUCUUCAGGUGUGACUGUGACAUGUUCCGAAUGAGUGCUGCAGUGUAACACACACACACACACCUGUCUCCAGUCCCGCAGAAGAAGGACAUCGUUUUUCCCAAAAGUCUACGACUUUAUUCAAUAAUCUGCUUUAUUUAUCAUAUUACUGCAUUAAUAAUCUCAUCACAAUGUACUGAAGUUUAUAAACUAACUAAAGUUGAACUCUUCAUGUGCUUUAAUGGGUCAAUGCAGAAAACCCGAAACUCUGCAGCACAGAGCACUGAACUUCUUCCAUGUGUAUGAAUAAAGUGCUUGCAUCUGAUCACACAAACACAUGCGAAGACACGUGUGUGUGUGUGUGUGUGUGUGUGUGUGUGUGUGUGUGUGUGUGUGUGUGUGUGUGUUUAUUCCUGAUCACACAAUAUCCUCUCUCUCAGAUCUGCUGCCAGCUCCCAACCCUCUCUCUCUCCUUUUCUCUCUCUCUCCUUUUCUCUCUCUCUCUCUCCUUUUCUCUCUCUCUCCUUUUCUCUCUCUCUCUCUCCUUUUCUCUCUCUCUCUCUCCUUUUCUCUCCCUCUCUCUCUCCUUUUCUCUCUCUCUGUCUCUCCUUUUCUCUCUCUCUCCUUUUCUCUGUCUCUCCUUUUCUCUCUCUCUCUCUCUCCUUUUCUCUCUCUCUCUCCUUUUCUCUCUCUCUCCUUUUCUCUCUCUCUCUCUCCUUUUCUCUCUCUCUCCUUUUCUCUCUCUCUCUCUCCUUUUCUCUCUCUCUCUCUCCUUUUCUCUCUCUCUCCUUUUCUCUCUCUCUCUCUCCUUUUCUCUCUCUCUCCUUUUCUCUCUCUCUCCUUUUCUCUCUCUCUCCUUUUCUCUCUCUCUCUCUCCUUUUCUCUCUCUCUCUGUCCUUUUUUUGUCUCUCCUUUUCUCUCUCUCUCUCUGUCUCUCCUUUUCUCUCUCUCUCUCCUUUUCUCUUUCUCUGUCUCUCCUUUUCUCUCUCUGUCUCUCCUUUUCUCUCUCUCUCUCCUUUUCUCUCUCUCUCCUUUUCUCUCUCUCUCUCCUUUUCUCUCUCUCUCUGUCCUUUUUUUGUCUCUCCUUUUCUCUCUCUCUCUCUCUCCUUUUUUCUUUUUUGUCUCUUUCUCUCCUUCUCUCUCUGUCUCUCUGUCUCUCUCUCUCCCUUUUUUGUCUCUCUCUCGGGCUUUCUGUCUCACUUGCGCUGUCUCUCUCUCUGGUGCAUGCUGGGUGAGAGUGACAUGUGGAGAGUAAUUCAAAAGCGAGUGAGUGUUUUCUAUUUCUGAAAGCGUUUUCUCUGUGCUCUGAACCCUUGUCUAAAGCACAAUCACUAAGUGAACAACUAAUACUGAUCGCAAGCCAGCGGUGAUAUUAGUUUUAUUUAUUGUUAUGUGGAGCUGUCGUUCUCUUGGCGAAGUGAGGGAUGGCGGCUCACCGUUACUUUAUAAGCUUUAUUCCUUUACUUCGCUGGGUUACCGUAUCAAACAUCCCCCCUUUUAUCGCUAAUGGAAAUAUCAAGUGGGAACUUUCUCGCUUCAGGAAACAGUGUGAGAGUGUUCCCACUAAACUGUAAAAACCCUGCGCUGAAGCAUGUCGCCUCCUUCAGGUGCACAGUGCUCAUGUUCCUGAAUGAGCCCACACUAGACGUCUCCUUUAGAGUAUACAUGCCGUACAUCAGCACCGGGACCAUGAGGUGCUUUGAAUGUGGGGACUUUGGGUACAAAAUGUUCAUCUUCCUGCAUAGAGAACAAGAUGGCAGGUAAGCUGGUCCUAGCGGGUCAGGGUGGAGAGACAGGCUGGAGCGAGCCGCAGCAUGGAGUGGUCAGAUACCGCUGGAAGGCAGGACACUGACCAACCCGCAGUGACAAAUUCAUAGCAUCUGUAGUAAAGAUACAACAAACUGCAAAUUAUGAUGAACUUGAUGAAUAAAGAGACACUCUGUAAAGAACCAUCCAACAAAGUUACGGAAGUUCUCUACUAAAAUAAAGUGCAAAUGAAGGUG